GUUAUUUUGUGUUGGGCUUUGCCGGGUUGUGAUGAAAUAGCAAGCUGCAGAGCCGCCUGACUUCCUGCAAGCUCUACGGGAGGCACACGCCUUGUGUUUCCCACAGCGAUCGAAAGAUAUUCUUUGAAAAGUAGGUGCUUAAAUAGUGCCGAUUUUGUUUAUCUUUGGAAACAGGCCGUACAACGCCGUACAAAUCAGUGAUUGGGUGAAGUUGCUGCUGGAGUUGCGGUUUUUGCAAAGGGCAGAAAAUGCAGAAAGAACGGGAACAAGAGCCUGAAGAGACGACCGCGUCCCGCCCCACUGUGGCUGAACUUGCCGGAAGGUUCAAAGGUGCAUCUCCAACGCCUGCCAGAGAGACAGAAAAGCCAGCCAGACGUCGACCUCCUUGCUCCUUAAAACUGCCCAAACCCCACGGAGACGAGCAUGAGAGGCCGACAGAUGUGACGUCCCCUGUCAAAACCAAGAGAAAUUCCGCCCUGAUUGAGAAGCUUCAGGCCAACCUGGCUCUGUCCCCCUCUGCCCUGCUGCCCUCCCCCAAAAGCCCCGGUUUCAGGCUGCUGCCACACUUUAGCCCACCGUCCUCCCCCGGCCCCACCACGGAGAGCCCCUCAUCCACGGUGACGCCCAGUAAUGCUUCCACGUCUCUGGUGACUGAGGAGGAGGGCCCGGUGUCAUUUGAGGCCCCUCCCACUACAGAUGAAGGAUCCCUCUUGUUAAACGUGAACAAGAGCCGAGCUCGCCACUCCCUCAGGCGACGCCCUCCGUCCCGCCGCCACAGGAAGUCCAGUAGUGGAGAGGAAGUGGGUGUGGCAACGGAGGAGCUGGAGACCCCGACGAGCCAAUUGGACCAUAAAACAACAAAAGGAGAAGGACGAGAUGUCUUUAGUAAUACGAAUGGAGAUGAUUUGGAAGAGGACCUAUCAGACCAAACCCCAAAAGAAGACCAGAGCAUUUGUGAAAUCCAGGAGGAGCGGAGAGAAGAUGAGAACCAGCAUGAGCGAGAUCAGAAGGAGGGUCAAGGUGGAGUCAGUGUUGAGGAAGACAACCUGGAGAAAGCCUCAGAAGAAGAUCCAAACAACAACAAAGAAGAAGAAAAUAGUAUUGCUUCCACAUGCCAGAGUCGAUGAGAAGUUGAACAAAGUUCUGGUUCCUGAGUCACUCCAAGGGGUUCUUAGUUCAGAAGCAUUGUGGGACCAAAGACUUCCAAAAAUGAGAGGAAACGAGCUUCCAAACAGAGAUCACACAACAUUGGCACAUCAGAGCUGUAACAGAAUACCUGGCAUCAAUCUGCCUUUGUUUUCGAAAAACAGCAUGAGUGCGAGACUCUUAUACAAAAAUACUUUUCCUCCAUUUUUUAACAUUGUGUUUCAUUUUCUAAGUGUCAUCUUUUUCACACUCUGAUCAUUGUCCCCACUUCCGUAAGCAUUUUCAU